CACAGCACACCACAGAAGAAAAACUGAUCGCAACUUCCUGGGGGCGUGUUCAUUUCACACGUGAUCGAUAUAAUCCAUUGUGUACGGUUGCGUAUUUUGUCUUGAGGUCUUGUCCUGUUGAAUGCGUGCCCGAGAUUAAACGCACAAUAUGGCGGAGGCAGACCGACCAGGGAAACUCUUUAUUGGUGGGCUAAAUACUGAGACCACCGAGAAGGCUCUUGAACAGUACUUCAGCAAAUAUGGCAGGAUAAUGGAAGUUCUGUUAAUGAAAGAUCGUGAAACAAACAAGUCCAGAGGUUUUGCAUUUGUGACUUACGAAAAUCCAGGAGAUGCCAAGGAUGCUGCCCGGGAAAUGAAUGGAAAGACCCUGGAUGGUAAGUCCAUCAAAGUAGAACAAGCAACAAAGCCACAGUUUGAAUCUGCUGGACGCCGUGGUCCACCAUCUUUGCAUCCACGAAGCCGUGGUCUACCAAGAGGCCCUCGCGGAUCUAGAGGAGCACCAAGUGGAAUGAGGGGUCCACCCAGCAGAGAACCCUUUUUCAAAGGUGCGUCAUCUAGAGGUCCACCUCCACUGAAAAGGGGACCUCCGAUGCGCAGUGAUGGGCCACCACCCAAGAGACCGGCCCCGUCUGGACCCAUGGGCAGGCCUCCUAUGUCCCGUGACCGAGACCCUUAUGGACCACCCCCACCCCGUCGGGAUUCUAUGAUGUCACGGCGGGAUGACUACCCCUCACCACGGGAUGACCAUUAUUCUUCAAAAGACAGUUACUCCAGUCGGGACUACAUGAGUUCAAGGGACAGCAGAGACUAUGCUCCCCCUCCCCGUGACUAUGCUCCACCACCUCGUGAUUAUCGCGAUUAUCCCCAUUCCAGCUCCAGAGAUGAAUAUGGGUCCGUGUCCAGAGGCUACAGCGACCGUGAUGGUUAUAGCGGUGGACGAGAGCCCAGGAGUUAUGUUGAUCGACCAAGUGCAGGUUCCUACAGAGACCCCUAUGAUGGUUACGGUAACUCACGCAGCGCCCCACCCUCAAGGGGCCCCCCACCAUCCUACGGUGGGAGUGGCGGAAGCAGUCGCUAUGACGACUAUGGCAGCAGCUCCCGGGACGGAUAUGGCAGUCGUGACAGUUAUCCCAGCAGUCGGAGCGAACCAUACUCCGCUAGCCGCAGUGAGCGAAUGGGCAGGCAGGAGCGGGGGCCAGCUCCCCCCCUCGAGAGAGGCUAUCCUCCUCGGGAGUACAGCAGUUCCAGCCGCGGGGCACCUCGUGGUGGUGGCCGCGGAGGCAGCCGGGCCGAUAGAGGGAUUGCUCGAAGCCGAUACUGAGAAAGGACUACUUGGAAAUGACAAAGUGAAAGGGCUCAAGCCCUCAAGCUCAAAAUCAUUCAAAGCGUGAAAAGGACGUGUACCAUUGAAGAGGAUUUUUUUCCCCCCUUUUUAAAGACUGCAUUCUAUGGACACCCAAGCUUCAGAUCUGCGCAAUCCUCAAAAUGUCAGUUUAUUUUGACUAUGUGUUUAAGUGAUACAUCUUUAUCGUUCUUCUUGCCCAUUUCCCAUUUAAUGGUACUGUUGCCAAUUUAAUUGACUUGCGUGUUAGUUUUUGUAUUAUAGUGCUGUUAACCUUGUAAUGCCCUGGAAUGUGGCUUUCAACUAUCAAUAAAGUUUUUAAACUAAGA